ACCAAUGCAGACCGACUGUUGAAAAACCAAAAACCCUGGCUACUCCACGCCUCCGCUCGAGGAUGAAGUAAGAAGGCGGGGGACUCACUCUGUAGAAGUUGGAAGUCUGGUCAGGACGCAAGAACCCUAAAGAAUAGGCAAAAUAAUGCCACUAAUUCAGCAGUGUCUGUAUCGUCCUCUCCAGUGUACUCCCUUCUUAUCCUCUUCCUCCUCCUCCUUUUCUUCUACUACUUCACCCAGGAGAUUAGGCCGUGCUUGGUCCCGCUCUCUCUCUUAUGCCACCACUCUUUCCUUUUUCAAGGUUCCUCCUCCACCAGGGCUUCAAAAGGGGGGUCACACCAAAGGCCAGGGUUGGGUGAUGGGCUCCAAGAACUUGUUCAAGUUCACUUCUUUCGAAAUCCCAUCAGUCCCUUCUUCGCACGGACGCCUCUUUCACAUCCGCAGACUCCUCUUCUCUGUCCAUUCUUCGAAACCCUUUUCUAACAUUCAACCUUCCCUUAACACUAAUGGGUUUUCUUCUAUCUCUCAUGCCAAUAUACCGCCUCCAGUUUAUAUGGAGAACCCAACAGAAAAUGGACUUGAUUCGGCACAAUUGAAGAUUCUGAAGCAGAAACUGGAGGAGCUGGGCAUGGACAGUGAAAUAUGUGUACCUGGGCAAUACAACCACUUGCUUUGUCCAAUGUGCAAUGGUGGGGGCUCAGAGGAAAGGAGCUUAUCUCUUUUUGUUACAAACGAUGGGGGUGCUGCUUUAUGGAUGUGUUUCCGUGCAAAAUGUGGAUGGAAAGGCAGUACAAGAGCAAUUGCAGAUGGCGGGCCAUUUUCUGGAUCUUUGAACCAGUUAACCAGACUUAAGAAUAAAAGAGAAAUCACAGUGGAGAAUCUGCAAUUAGAACCACUUUGUAAUGAGCUAGUUGCUUAUUUUGCCGAGCGGUUAAUAUCAUGGAAAACACUGCAGAGAAAUGCAGUAAUGCAGAAGAGAUCUGGUGAUCAGAUUGCAAUUGCAUUUACUUAUCGGCGAAAUGGAAAGCUUGUUAGUUGCAAGUAUCGAGACAUUAACAAGAAGUUUUGGCAGGAAGUAGACACUGAAAAGAUCUUUUAUGGGCUUGAUGACAUUAAGGGCAAAAGUGAUAUCAUCAUUGUUGAAGGUGAAAUGGACAAGCUUGCAAUGGAAGAAGCUGGGUUUCGAAAUUGUGUGAGUGUCCCAGAUGGUGCCCCUCCAUCUGUUUCUACAAAGGAGUUGCCACCUGAAGAACAGGAUACAAAGUAUCAGUAUUUGUGGAACUGCAAAGAGUACUUGCAGGAGGCAUCACGUAUUAUACUUGCCACUGAUGGGGAUCUACCUGGUCAAGCUUUAGCUGAAGAGCUUGCACGCCGCCUUGGAAGGGAAAGAUGCUGGCGAGUCACAUGGCCAAAGAAAAAUGAAAUAGAGCAUUUCAAAGAUGCAAAUGAGGUUCUCAUGUAUUUGGGUUCUGAUGUACUGAAGGAAGUCAUUGAGAAUGCUGAAUUAUACCCUAUACGUGGAUUGUUCAACUUUAAUAACUACUUUGAUGAAAUUGAUGCGUAUUAUCACAGAACUCAUGGACAUGAGUUUGGUCUCUCAACUGGGUGGAGGGCUUUGAAUGGGUUAUAUAAUGUUGUGGCAGGAGAGUUGACUAUAGUAACUGGGGUUCCCAAUUCAGGCAAGAGUGAGUGGAUUGAUGCUCUCAUGUGCAAUCUUAAUGAAAGUUUUGGUUGGAAAUUUGCACUUUGCUCUAUGGAGAACAAGGUUCGGGAACAUGCAAGGAAACUUUUGGAGAAACACAUAAAGAAGCCCUUCUUUAAUGCAAGUUAUGGUGGAUCUGUUGAACGUAUGACUGUUGAAGAGUUAGAGCAAGGGAAGCAAUGGUUGAGCAACACAUUUUAUCUCAUAAGGUGUGAGAAUGAUUCCCUUCCAAGUAUUACCUGGGUUCUUGAUCUUGCAAAAGCAGCAGUUUUGAGACAUGGAGUGCGUGGCCUUGUAAUUGAUCCCUACAACGAGCUUGAUCAUCAGCGUCCUACAAGCCAGACUGAGACUGAGUAUGUCAGUCAGAUGCUUACCAAAGUCAAACGUUUUGCUCAACACCAUGCCUGUCAUGUUUGGUUCGUGGCACAUCCUAGACAGUUGCACCAUUGGGUUGGGGGUCCGCCUAAUAUGUAUGAUAUAAGUGGAAGUGCACACUUCAUAAACAAAUGUGACAAUGGGAUCGUAGUUCAUCGUAAUCGAGAUCCAGAGGCUGGACCUAUUGAUCAAGUACAAAUUUGUGUUCGGAAGGUUCGGAAUAAGGUUGCUGGAACGAUAGGUGACGCCUUCUUGUGUUAUAAUAGGGUAACUGGUGAAUUCAUGGAUAUUGAUGAACCAUCUGGCAAGAGAUAGACAAUGCUAUGAUUGAUAAGAAAAUGGAUGUACAGCAGUAUCUACCCAGGCAGUGGCCCUCAAAACAGGAGGUGGUUUUCUAAUGCCAUUUUCCCACUGCAUCAGGCUGUGGGUGCUUCCCCGCCGUGCACAACUAUGGUGGUAAGAGGGACCAAAGUAUUUUAGCUUUGACAGUUGAUCGGACAUUGAUGACUUGGUGUAACCUUACACUUGAGGGCAGUUGCAAUUUCUGUCAAUAGAAGCUUCCUUUUUUCGGAGAUGUAUGGACUUAAAUGGUCUAUUUUGCCAUGUGAUUUAUUAAACUUACAUAUAUUAUCUGGUUAUAUUCAAGAUUUAGGAAUGAAAUUUUCUCUCUUUUUUUCUCA